UUCUUUGCACUGCCCACGACUGGCCGCCAAAAAUAGCCCAAAAAAAAAAAAAAACAAUUGAAAAAAAAACUAACAACAAAAAAACACCGCCCAAGAAGACAGCGUGUCCCGUUUUUCAAUUUAAAAAACGAAAAUUCUCAACAUUCAAAUAGUCAACGGAAUUGAACGCAGCAAACAAAUUGAAAGCCGCAACAGACGCCGAACACAUCAACAUAAAAAGCAGCAAAAUGCCAACGCAGCAUACGAGAUCACAGGAUGAGCUGGCUGUAGCUAAUGCGCUCGUCUCCAAGCAUCCGGAUAACAAGCCCGAAAUCGACAAGGACGAUGAGGAGUUGGAGGAGGAGGAUAUUGAAACGGCAGCGGUUGUGGUGCCACCGGACAGUGGUUGGGCCUGGGUGGUAAUGGUCGCCUCAUUCCUCUGCUGCACGGUCAUAGAUGGCAUCGUCUUCUGCUCGGGCCUCAUACAGGAUGAACUCGUCAAAGAGUUUAAGGUGACCAAAUUCUACGUGACAUUCGUUACGUCGCUGCUCAGCGGUUGCUAUUUGAUGGCCGGACCCUUUGUUAGUGCAUUGGCCAAUCGUUUUGGAUUCCGUGCGGUUACCAUUGCGGGCGCCAUCUUUGCGGCAGGCUGCUUUGGCCUCUCGUACUUUGCCACCAGUGUGGAGUUCCUAUUUGUGAUCUACGGCGUGCUGGGUGGCAUUGGCUUCUGCAUGGUCUACAUACCCGCUGUGGUUAUCAUUGGCUUCUACUUUGAAAAGUGGCGUGCCCUGGCAACGGGAGUCGCACUCUGUGGCUCCGGUGUGGGCACCUUUGUCUUUGCCCCGGUUACCAAUAUGCUGCUGGAGAAUACCGGUUGGCGCAUGACCCUAGCGAUCCAGGGACUCAUGAUUCUUUCGUGCGCAUUCUUUGGACUCGCCUUCCGUCCCAUCCAACCGAUCACGCUGGGCGUCACCGACGACGGCAGCGAUGAGAAGGUCAAGCUCAAUGGCCAUGGUAAUACGGUGGCGCCAACGCCUCAACUGCAUCAGGCUGCAUUCACGAAGCCGCUGCCCGAGGGACGCUUUGCCUACUCCAUGCCCAAUUCGGCACACAAUACCUAUAUGGGUGCCUCGCAGCGUAAUCAUUAUCCGACGGCAGCGGAAAUCUUCAAGGGUAUGAAUCUGGAGCGUCGGCCCUCGGGUCAGGCCAGCAAGGGCACCGAGUUGAAGCAGCUGCGCAAAUCGCAGCCAACGACACCGAAUGGCGAUCCACAGCAGCUGACAUUCAAUCUGCACAAGGAGCUGACCACCGUCGGCGAGAACGAGGAGGAGGCCGAGAACGAUAAUCUGUUGGAGACGGAGGUGAAGCCAAUUAGCAUUCAGGCACGUCGUCACACAGUCUCGGGACGUCGCCCACAGGAUCUGGCCAAGCGGGCAGCUGCCGCCGCCCAAGAUGGCAGUCAUCAUCCGUCGCACUCCUCGACACGUCCCAUGUACAGAGAUGAUGCAUUCUUUACGGGCUCCCUGACACGCAUACCGCAGUAUCAGUCGCAGACCUCGCUGGCUUAUCACAUGUCCGUCACGCGGUUGCCCACCAAGCAGGACAUGCUGGAGGAUAGGCAGAAGGGCUGUCGCAUUUGUCCCGAGGCAGUGCGCCGCACACUGUCGACCAUGUUGGACACCAGUCUGCUCAAGUCACCGGCUUUUAUGUGUUUGGCCGUCAGCGGUUUCCUUACCAUGAUGGGCUUCUUUGUGCCCUUCUCUUUCCUGACGAACCGCGCCAUGGCCGCUGGCAUGUCUAAGGAAUCGUCACUGUCCCUCAUCUCCGGCAUUGGCAUGAUCAACACGUUUGCUAGGAUCGUUUGCGGCUCCCUAAGCUCCUUCCCCAGCGUCAAGCCACUGUGGCUCAACAAUGUCGCCCUCACCGCCGGCGGCUUGGCCACCAUAUUCAGCGGUGUCGUCAUCAACUCAACCACCCAGUGGACAUUUGUCGUUCUCUUUGGCAUUUGCAUUGCCUGCUUCUCGGCGCUGCGCUCGUUGAUUGCCGUCGAGCUGAUCGGAUUGGAGAAGCUGACGAAUGCAUUCGGCUUCCUGAUGCUCUUCCAAGGCCUGGCCGCUACCAUUGGUACUCCUAUUGCUGGCGCCCUGUACUCAAUGACCGACAGCUAUAAUGUGGCCUUUUAUUUUGCUGGCGGACUUAUUCUGCUGUCGGCCUUCCUGUGCUAUCCACUCACCUACGUAUCAAACUGGGAGAGCCGACGCAAUGCAAAGAACGGGGAGCUGUCAACGGCCUAAGUGGAAAGCAAGCGAAGCGACUAAAAGAUAGAUAGAUAGAGUGAGUGAAAGCAGAAUCAACCAAUUCGACAAACUGGAAAUUUCGACAAAGUGUCGCAAAUGUCUUCUGAUAACGACACUGUGUCCCAUUAAGUGGUUAAUUCAAAACUAAUUGCCAAUCGCUCGAUGUUCUUGAAGACGGAAGACGGAAGACGGAACUGUAACCAGUAACUGACAACUGAACAGCAAACAGCAAACAGAUAAAGAAGAUGAAGAAGAAGUGGAAAAUGAAGAAGCAGAGCAAGGAGCAGUUUUAGAUUAAGCCAAACUGCUGUCAGUGCUUGCUGCGGAGCAGCGUUGAAGCGUUGUAGUACUUGAGAUGUCUCCUUGAUUUGAUCUAGAUUAAGUAGCCUAGAUUAAUGCCUAGAUUAGGCCUUAGCCUAAGUGUAAUGUUUGUGCCUUUAUCUUUAUCGAGUGCCUCGCCUCAAACUAAACACACACCCACACAGCUCAUGUCUUGAUUGAUUAAAUUGUAACUAAAUUUGUAUAUACUAAAUAUACAUAAAUAUAUAUUUAUAUUUACCAUCGAUCAAUGGUCAAUCUUAAGUGCUUAAGUGGGUGUGCAAACACACUAAAAGAAACAAAAUUAUGAUGAUUAUAAAAAUUAUAAUCAUAUUUAUAGCAGCUGACCGCAUGGCUGGGCCACAAUUCGACUGCCAAUUUAAAAGAAGAAGAGGACGUUGCAUUUGUUUAAUUGAUAAGUUUGACUAACUAAACUGAUAGCUUCUGCUCCAGACUUGUUGCAUAGUUUGUACAUAUGUAAGUUCUAGCUCUAAGUAAACACACAAACCAAACACACACACACACACACACACAUACACACACUGUCACACACUGUCACACUGUUGUUGAUGUUGCUGUUGCAGCGAGCCAAGAGCCAAGAGGUUAUUGCACCGUAGAAUCCGAACCCAACUCCAAUCCGUUGUCAUCGACUCGUUUUGUUGAUUGUUGAUUAUAAAGAACAAACAAAACGUGGGCCAUCUGAAAAUGUGUUGUGACCCGCUUAUACACACACUCACACAAACACACACUACAUACAUAUAUAUAUAUAUAUA